CGGACCUUCACCACCUGCCGCAAUCGUCGCCGUCGCCAUACGAUACCACCGACGCCCAACCUCACCGGCCACUUGUACGGUCCAAGUGCUAACAGGCCAGGUCCCGCCAUCGGCGUGCCCUUUCUUCUAAACAGCACGUCAUCUGUUCCUAAUCCGGGGCGGCAAGCAGCGCCCUCGCAAAAGCACCCCCAACGAACCGCCAACCCUUCUAUACCCCGGCGCUCACGCUCCCGCAAUCAUGGAUACGAAUAUGGAGGAUGUGAAGAUGCCUGAGCCCAUGCAGAUGUCGUCUGUCCCGACCACAGAACCUGCCUCGAUUUCGACUCUCGACGGAUGGAUUGAGAGUCUGAUGGCCUGCAAGCAGCUGGCUGAGAGCGAUGUCCAGAGACUUUGCGACAAGGCUAGGGAAGUCCUUCAAGACGAGUCCAAUGUACAGCCAGUCAAAUGCCCCGUCACUGUGUGCGGAGAUAUACACGGCCAGUUCCACGACUUGAUGGAGCUCUUCAAAAUCGGUGGACCCAACCCAGAUACCAAUUACCUCUUCAUGGGUGACUAUGUCGACCGUGGCUAUUUCUCGGUGGAAACUGUGACUCUCCUUGUGGCCUUGAAGAUUCGGUAUCCCCAGCGCAUCACAAUCCUCCGCGGCAACCACGAAUCCCGCCAAAUCACCCAGGUGUACGGCUUUUACGACGAGUGCCUUCGAAAGUACGGAAACGCUAACGUGUGGAAAUCCUUCACGGAUCUCUUCGACUACCUCCCCCUCACCGCCCUUAUCGACAAUCAGAUCUUCUGCUUGCACGGCGGCUUGUCUCCCAGCAUCGACACCCUCGAUAACAUUCGGGCUCUUGACAGAAUACAGGAAGUGCCCCACGAAGGUCCUAUGUGCGACCUCCUCUGGUCAGACCCUGAUGAUAGGUGUGGAUGGGGCAUAUCUCCCCGAGGCGCGGGGUACACUUUCGGGCAGGAUAUCUCAGAGGCGUUCAACCACAACAACGGCCUGACGCUCGUGGCACGGGCCCAUCAAUUGGUCAUGGAGGGCUACAACUGGUCUCAGGAUCGAAAUGUGGUGACAAUAUUCUCUGCGCCCAACUACUGCUACAGAUGCGGUAACCAGGCCGCGAUCAUGGAGAUCGACGAGCAUCUGAAGUACACCUUCUUGCAAUUCGACCCGUGCCCACGGGCUGGCGAGCCGAUGGUAUCUCGUAGAACCCCGGACUACUUCCUUUAGACAGCGUGCUUCACGACUCGAUUCCCUUUGCAUGAUUGGUAGACUGUACAUAAUACAUCAGCCUAUCAGAACGAACCGGUUUGGUCUCUCGCUGUGGACCUUCCGUGAUGAUGUCAAUGCCACGCUUGAAUGGGCGUUACAGUUGGGUGGCAUGGCGUGCGUCGAACCACGGAGUGCGUUGCAAGAAGCAGCAGGGCUUCGCGAAGCUGAGCGCGCAGAACGCAGACGGGACAACAAGCUUUUCUGCCCGAUGAGCGACGAGUAUGGGCGUGCCAUGAAAGACUUUGCUUGGGAUGUGCUUUCCGUCGUGACUGCUUCAACUUGGCGAUAAUAAUGAAUUCCUAGCAUCGAGUUCCCCCACUUCGCGCUAGACCAAGAGAAGCGUUAAUUGAACAAUUGGUUAAAUGAAUUCGGGCCAAGACA